GUUUGGCAACUCUGAUAGUGGGCGGGACUUAGGCAAAGCAAGCGAAACCAGCAUGCAUUGUGGAUAACUGUAGCUGCAGAAUAACGAUGUUUUAACAUUGAAUGGUUUAUUUUUGAACGUUUUGGAUAACCUUUCAAUAUGGACGUAGGAGAACUAUUGAAUUAUCAGCCUGACAGGGGAGCAAAGCGCCUACGUGCUGGUGAUGAUGAUGAUGAUGACCACAGAAGCAAGAAGACGGGCAGAGAACUUACCAGACAUUUAGAGGGAGAAGACAGCGAGGACCCAACUGGGGACAGGAAGAGGAUACUGGAGAAACUCAUGGAUGAUGAUGAUGAUGCAGAUGACCAGGAGGGUGAACCAGUGGAUGAAAGUUCGGUGAAGAAAAUGAUCCUAACGUUUGAGAAAAGGUCCUACAAAAAUCAGGAGCUGAGGAUAAAGUUCCCCGAUAACCCAGAGAAGUUCAUGGAAACAGAGCUGGAUCUGAACGACAUAAUCCAGGAGAUGCAUGUCAUUGCCACCAUGCCUGAUCUCUACCACCUCUUGGUAGAGCUUAAUGCUGUUCAUUCUCUGCUGGGCUUACUCAGCCACGAGAACACUGAUAUUGCAAUUGCAGUGGUUGAUUUGUUACAAGAGCUGACAGACAUCGAUACACUUCAUGAAAGUGAGGAGGGGGCUGAAGUACUCAUAGACUCUUUGCUGGAGGGACAGGUUGUGGCCCUUCUGGUGCAGAACAUGGAGAGGCUGGAUGAGCAGGUGAAGGAGGAAGCUGAUGGUGUCUACAACACGUUAGCCAUCAUUGAAAACAUGGCAGAAUUUCGUCCUGGCAUGUGUACAGAAGCAGCUCAGCAAGGACUCAUGCAGUGGUUGCUAAAGAGAAUCAAGGCAAAGAUUCCAUUUGAUGCUAACAAGCUGUACUGCAGUGAAAUCUUGGCUAUUUUACUUCAAAACAAUGACAGCACCAGGGAGCUCUUAGGAGAGCUGGAUGGGAUUGACGUGUUACUGCAGCAGCUCUCUGUGUUCAAGCGCCACAACCCAGCCACGGCAGAGGAGCAGGAGAUGAUGGAGAACCUGUUUGAUGCCCUGUGCUCCUGCCUGAUGUUGGCUGCCAACCGAGACCGCUUCCUCAGGGGAGAAGGUCUGCAGCUCAUGAACCUCAUGCUUAGGGAAAAGAAAAUGUCUCGUACCAGCGCUCUGAAGGUCUUAGACCAUGGCAUGAUUGGCCUGGAGGGGUCUGACAACUGCCACAAGUUUGUGGACAUCCUGGGUCUGAGGACCAUCUUCCCCUUGUUCAUGAAAACACCUAAAAAGAUGAGGAAAGCUGGGACUGCGGACAAAGAACAUGAAGAACACGUAUGUUCCAUCAUAGCUUCUUGCUUGAGGAACCUGAAAGCCCAGCAGAGGACAAGGCUCCUCAGCAAGUUCACAGAAAAUGACUGUGAGAAGGUUGAUCGACUGAUGGAGCUGCAUUUUAAAUAUCUGGAGGCUGUUCAGCAGGCUGACAAGAGGAUAGAAGGAGAGAAACACGAAAUGGUUAAACGUGGUGAGAUCCUGGAUGAUGUGAUGGAGGAUGAGUUCUACCUACGGAGAUUGGACGCUGGGUUGUUUGUCCUCCAGUUGCUCUGUUACAUUAUGGUGGAGAUCAGCAACUCUGGGAUUUCCCAGCUGCAGCAGCGGGUACAUCAGAUCCUCAACCUGAGGGGAGGCUCAGUCAAGGUGGUCCGCCACAUCAUGAGAGAGUAUGCUGAAAACAUUGGUGACGGGAAGAGUGAGGAGUUCAAAGCCAGUGAGCAGAAGAGGAUCAUGGACCUGCUGGAGAACUUCUAACCCUAACCAACCUUGGGAAGGUGACCUGAAUGACCAGCAGUCAGAACGUCUCCAUGGACACAGGGUUCCCACUGCAGACAGGGUCUAGCAGGUGGAUAGAAGCUCCAUUGAUGGCUCUGUCCAUGUCAGGGCUAUAACUCCAAAUAUAACAAGAGAUAUGCAGUCUUAAGCUGCAACUCUGACUCGCAUGUUUUGUUUGAUUUGAUUUGUGUAUUUUGUAAUAAAUAUUUGAUAAUAAAAUCCCAUCUGUAAAAUGCGA